GCUGCUGUGUCAAACUUGGAAAGUGUUUGUUCGAGACUUGCGUUCUCGUUUAAGGCACAAAGUCCUGCGGGAAGGUGCCAGAGCUGUCGUAAUAACGCUCGUGCUGAUGCUUCUGUAGAAGUGAGAUGUGAUUCAGAGCCAGUCUGAUGUUGUGGACAGGUCCGAGGAUUACUAGCCGCGCGUCACGCGCAUGCAGUGUCGAAUAAAUAGGCGAUUUGCGCUUUGAGUAGCAGCAAAUAAAACGGAAAGGUCAUCGUGAUCCAUCAAUGAGAUUUUUUUAGAUAUAUAUAUAUUUGUGAGCUGAUUUUGGAGGAGUGAGGGCGCAUCUGACGUCGAGGAAAUUUAGUUGCGUGGAGAUUUUGGGUACUGUUGCAUCCUCUCGUUUCUUUUACAAGGAGCAGUUUCUCUGAGAGUGACAGCGCUCUUUGGGUUGAGGACUUAAACACUGGGGCUGAUGGCGGCUUCCUCCUCCUCCUCUUCCUCCUCCUCUUCUGGCGGCGAUCCGGAUCCCAACUCGACAAAUUUACGGCCACCCUCCUCAAACUAUGACUGGAGUGGAGUCGCUCAUGGAUGCACGAGGAAACUUGGAAUGAAGAUAUGCGGAUUUUUGCAGAAGAACGAUAGUGUCGACGACAAGAGUCGAAUUGUCGGGUUUUUUAACGAACAGCAGCCCAGGAGCAUUUUAACACGAGACCCUCGCUUCAGACGCACAGAGACGGACUUCUCCAAUCUAUACGCAAGAGAUCUGCUUCCUGCUAAAAAUGGUGAGGAGUAUACGAUGCAGUUCCUGUUGGAGGUGGUGGACAUCCUCACGAACUAUGUGCGCAAGACCUUCGACAGAUCCACAAAAGUGCUGGACUUCCAUCAUCCGCACCAGCUGCUGGAGGGAAUGGAGGGCUUCAACUUAGAGCUGUGUGAUCAGCCGGAGAGUCUGGAGCAGAUCCUGGUGGACUGCAGGGACACGCUCAAAUACGGCGUCCGCACGGGUCACCCAAGGUUUUUUAACCAGCUGUCUUCAGGUCUAGACAUCAUUGGUUUAGCUGGAGAGUGGCUGACCUCUACUGCCAACACUAACAUGUUCACGUAUGAGAUUGCACCGGUGUUUGUACUGAUGGAACAGCUCACCCUGAAGAAAAUGCGAGAGAUCAUUGGCUGGCCAAAUGGAGAGGGCGAUGGCAUUUUCUCACCAGGAGGAGCAAUCUCAAACAUGUACAGCGUGAUGGUGGCACGGUAUAAACACUACCCUGAGGUUAAAAUCAAAGGCAUGGCAGCGGCUCCCAGACUAGUGCUGUUCACCUCUGAACAUAGUCACUACUCUAUAAAGAAGGCCAGUGCAGUGCUGGGUUUCGGCACAGAGAAUCUGAUCUUGCUGAAGACAGAUGAGAGAGGUAGAGUGAUUCCGGCUGAUCUGGAGGCCAAAGUCAUUGAUGCCAAACAGAAGGGGUUUGUGCCAGUGUUUGUGAACGCUACAGCUGGAUCUACAGUGUAUGGAGCCUUUGAUCCAAUCAAUGAGAUCGCUGACAUCUGUGAGAAAUACCACAUUUGGCUUCAUGUGGAUGGUGCAUGGGGUGGAGGUUUGCUGCUGUCUAGAAAACACAGACACAAGCUGAAUGGCGUAGAGAGAGCAAACUCUGUCACAUGGAACCCACACAAGAUGAUGGGCGUUCCACUACAGUGCUCCGCUAUUCUGGUCCGAGAGAAGGGUCUUCUUCAGGGCUGUAACUCCAUGUGUGCAGGAUAUCUCUUUCAGCCGGAUAAGCAGUAUGAUGUCACCUAUGACACAGGGGACAAGGCCAUACAGUGUGGCCGCCAUGUAGACAUCUUCAAAUUCUGGCUCAUGUGGAAGUCAAAGGGCACUAUAGGCUUUGAGAAGCACAUUGACAGAUGUCUGGAGCUGUCUGAGUACCUCUACCACAAGAUAAAGAACCGAGAAGGAUAUGAGAUGGUAUUUCAAGGGGAGCCCCAACACACUAAUGUGUGUUUCUGGUACAUUCCUCCAAGCCUGCGGCUUCUGCCAGAUGGAGAGGAGAAAAGACAACGACUUCAUAAGGUUGCCCCCAAGAUCAAGGCAAUGAUGAUGGAGUGUGGAACAACAAUGGUGGGCUACCAGCCUCAAGGCGAUAAGGUCAACUUCUUCAGAAUGGUUGUCUCUAAUCCGGCUGUAACCAGGUCUGACAUUGACUUCCUGAUCGAUGAGAUAGAAAGACUGGGACAGGAUUUAUAGAGUGCACAGGGCUGGAAAUUCAGUAGAUGUUAGUAAAUUAUGUAGAAAUAUAGGAAAUGGAGAAGAAGUUUUGAAGUAUUGUAUCAGCUGGACAUUCUAGAGUAUUAGACAAAUGAGGUGCUCUAGAAUAAUGAAACUCUCGGAUUUCUAGAAUGUUCCACUAGGAAACUGGACAUUCCAGAAUGCAGAGGUGGUGAGCUCUUAAAGCUAUAAUUUCAUAAUGAAGGAUCAGAUUUCCGCCUAUGACAUUAUAUAUCCUCUCUUCUUCCCUUCCCCCUGUUCUCUUGUCUCCUGUCUAUUGUGUUCUUUCUAUUGUAACACUUUACAAUAAGGUUCCCUUUCUGGUUAACUAUA